AUGAAUUUAAUUUAUAAAUAAUUGAAGGCAUAAGAUGUGCCUUGGGAUCACUAGCUAUUUUAAAAGCUUCCAUUUAAAUAAAGCGACUCUGAAGUAGAAUCUGGUAGCCUGUUUGAAGUAAGUAGAAGAGAUUUAUCUGCAAGAUGUGAUGAAUAAACUUAAUCAAAUACUUUAAAUUUAACUAUAUUAUAAGCUCUAAAUUAAGCAUAGACAUCUAGAUUUCGCUAAGUAUCUUUUUAACCAUAGUAAAACAAUAGUAAUUUAUAAAAACCCAUACCUAAAGAUAGCCAAUUCAUGCAUUCUCUGAAUUAUUCAAGAAAUAUGAAUUAAGAUAUAUCAAAUACAGCUAUGAAUCUCGAAAAUGGAUAAUACGGAAAAAAUUAGCCUGUAAGGUUGAUGAAAGUUCUUAAGUUAUUAGUCAACAUAUAGCAUUUCUUUAGGAUCCUUUCUAUGAACUCUAGAAUUUUUAAUAAGCUUACAUAUAAUUAGCAUUAUCUUAUUGGAGAUGUCGCUUCUAUUUAUUCUAAAAAUGUUCAACUAAAAAAUGGAAAUAAAAUGUUAAUUAUCUUAAACAAUUUUUAAUAUUUUGCUUUCAAAUUCAUUUAGACUCUAAAUAUUUAAGUAUUUGCUCCUUCUGAUUUGUUGAUUAAAGCUUGGCAUAGCUUACAAUCUUUCCUAAUCAUAUAUUCUACUUUCCUUCUAAAUUUAGAACUUUUCUUUUAGAUGGAUAUCUCAAACUACUAAUUUUUAUUUUAGGUAUUAUUUGUCAUGUCUGUUCUUGAUGUAUUUGUUGAGCUAAACACAGGAGUGCUUAAGUAAGGAAAUAUUAUAUAUGAUAGGGGCUUUAUAUUGAAAUCAUAUUUGAAAAAAGCGUUUUUACAUGACUUUAUUGGCAACAUUCCUCUCUUUUUUUAUAUAACACAAGGAGAAUUAAAUAAUACUAUGAAAUUAGUUAGCAACAUUUUGUACACUUUUAAAUGGAAAAAAAUAUCAAAAGUGCUUAAGCAAUUCUCUUAUUAUAUAAGCUAUGAAAAAAACUAUAAAAACAUAUUCGAUUUAUUAAAACUUCUCAUAUUUGUUAUUGGGAUUUGCCAUUUCUUCUGCCUAUUUUGGCAUGGAUUAGUCAUGUUUGAAGUGAGUAAUGGAGUAACAAAUAACUGGCUGGCAAGUAAAAAUCUCCUUGACGCUACAAUUUAAGAGAGAUAUAUUUAUUCAUUCUAUUUUCUAGCUGUUACUAUGGCAACAGUAGGUUAUGGAGAUGUCACUCCUUAAAAUAAAUAUGAAGUUUUAUUUUGUACAAUUACAAUUUUUGUUACUUGUGUUGUAUAUGCAUUUAGCUUAAAUACAAUAGGUGGAAUAAUUGAGAAUUUAGAAAAAAGAGACAAAACAUAUAAAGAAAAUAUGCAGAUAAUUCAUAGCUUAAUGAGAGAAGAAGAAGUAUCUAGUCAUCUUAAGAUACAAAUUUCAAACUAUCUAUAGUACCUUUACAAAGAAUCAAAUUAAAUUUAGAAGAAGUAAGAAAAGCUCAUUAUAGAAAAACUUUCUACUAAAUUAAGAAAUGACCUUACUUUAGAAAUUUAAGGGAAAUAUUUGAAUUAAAUUCCUUUAUUCAAAUCUAUCAAAGAGAAAGAUAAAAUUGCGAGGAUCAUGGAAGAACAACUAUAUUCGCCUGCUGAAACUAUAUUCACUUAAGGAGACAUAGAUGACUGCUCACUUUACUAUAUAGUAAAGGGAAGCGUUUCUCUUAUUUUUGAACCUGACUAAAAUUCAAAUAAUGAAGCGAAAUAAAUUGAGUUAAUGGAGAAAAAGUAAUAUUUUGGAGAAAUUUCAUUUAUAACGGGGAGCAAAAGAAUAUUUACUGCUAAGGCUGCAGAUUUUUGUAGAAUUUAUAAAAUUAACAGAGAAAAGUUUUUAUCAGUAAUAAAAGAGCGUGAUCAAGAUUUUGAAAAUUUUCAAAUGAUAAAAGAAGCCAUAACUCUUAAUAAUAAUUUCAAAUUUUGUUCAAUCUUUUGCUCAACAUGUAAACAAGGAAACCAUUUUUCUGCUGAUUGCCCAAAAACUCAUUUGACAUUCACUAAAUAAAUUAUCAUUUCUAGAUAUAAUAGCUAUUCUCCACAAAUACGGGUACCAUUCGCUAGGAGAAAAAUUAGGCUGAACUACUUCAAAAAAAUUUAAUAACUCCAUAAGUAUGUUUAUGAAAUUAAUAAUCGUGAGUCUUUAUUCGAUAUUCUAGAUUCAAUAGAAAAUGGAUGCAAUAAUUUUGAUCAAAAAGAAGCUGAAAUUCUAUUUUAGCUAUAAUUAUAAAAUGAUUAUGAAAAAAAAACAACUUAAUAUCAAAAUAAUAACAUUUAUAUUAAUUAAAAUUCUAUUUAAAGUAAAAACUCAACAAAUAAUUUUGAUUCUCAAAAAAAAAUAUAAGGCAUUGAAUAGCAACAAGAUAAAUCUAACGAGAUAAUUAAAAGACUAAGCAUAUUUGAGUAGUAGAACUUAAAUAAUUUGUAAAAAAAUAUUGAGCAAAUAAGUUAAGCGAAUAAAAAAGCAAAUAAAAUGCAAAAUAUUUAAGUUAAGAAAAGCUUUUUAGUGCCAGAUUAAAUAGAAAAUGAAUAGAAAUAAAUAAUUUAAGAAUUAAUGAAUAGUAAUUUAUCAAAUGGUGAAGAAUAAAGUGAUUUAAAUCAGUUAAAUGAACAAAAUUCUAAUAAUAACAAUGAAAAAAAUAAGAAUAAUGAUAAUAAUCCUAUUAAUUUUGAAGCUCUUAGGGUCUAAAGAGGUAGAAGUUAAAUUUUGCAAUAAGAAAAUAUUUUAAAUUUAAAUAAUUAUAAUCUAAACAAUCCAUUAUUAGAUAUACCUAAGAAAAAUAGUAUUCAAAUCAAAAUAGAUUCCUUAAAAUAACUCUAAUAACAAUUUCCUCAAAAAAAUUACAUGAAAAAAUAAAUAAGCUUCUAGAAUUCAAAUAGCACAGGAAGUUAGACAACUUUUAUUUCAAAAUAAAAUAAUUUAGGGGAAAAUCAAACUAACGAAAAAACCACCAAAACUAACGACGAAAUAAAUGAAUUUGCAGAUUAAGUUAGCUAUUAAAUGCUUUAAAUUUUUGAUAAAGCAAAAAUAUUUAAGUAUUAUUUGCCUCAUUAUAAUUAUCCAGAAAUAAUUAAAAAAUUGGACUAACAUUAACUUAAAAGACCUCAUGCUUAAAGUAUAUCAAAUAAAAAGAAAAGAUGUUAAAAUUAAAUAAAAUGA